AUGAGUCUCUGUCACAUCUGCCUCAAGGUAUUGAACCUUGACGAGAGCGUUCCUUCUCGUCCUCUUACCGUCCCACAUCAUUCCUCCAUCACAGAGUUUCUUGAUGCUGUCAACAAGCGGUGUCAUCUGUGCUGGCUGGGAUAUCGCCACCUUCGACUUGAUAGGAAGCUAAAGCUCGAUGAGCUAGCAUCCCAAGAAGCGGCAGAUGAACAGAUAAGCACACUUACGUCUGGGGGACGUGUUGCCCAUUGCUUGGUUGGCGAAAGACAGCAAGUCACGCGAAUCACCUGGAAGGUAGCCCAGUCUGUGCGAAACAAGCUACCACAGCUCAUUCUCGGCCUUGAGAUUGACGGUGUUCAUGCCAAGGCGACUAUUGCUUGCGGUGCCUUGUUUCUCAUACCAACAACAGGCAUGUCUCGCAUAAAGCUCACGAGGUUCUCUCGACCGCUGGAAUUGCCUUCUAACACCGGCUCGCCAAUCUCACUUCAAUUGGUUGUUGGCUGGUUGAACCAUUGCGUCUUGUCCCAUUCAAAGUGCAGUGUGUCUGGAAUAACUAGCACGUUCCGUCCCACGCGACUAAUCGAUAUUGGCAACGUCCAAGGGCAAUUCCAGGUCAUCCCCGGCAACGAAACAGUUCCCAACGAACCAUAUAUCACGCUCAGCUACCGAUGGGGAACGCAACGAGACAUGAUGCUGACCCAGGACAAUCAAGAUCAACUGAGAGCCGGAAAGCCCGUCGAAGCUCUUUCACGUACCUUCAAGGAAGCCAUCAUAGUUGCUCGCUAUAUUGGUGUCCGAUUCUUGUGGAUCGAUUGUCUCUGCAUCAUUCAACGUGGAGACGAUGGCCGUGACUGGGAUGCGGAAUCUGGACGCAUGAACCUCGUCUACCAACAUGCAUAUUGUAAUAUUUCAGCUGAUGACGCUUCAGAAAUCGAUGGUCUCUUCUUCAAUCGUGAUUUGGACUUUUACCGCCGGGUCAGCGUCCGUACACGAGAAAAAGGGGGCGCCGUCGUAGACUGGACCUCAGUAGACAGGGACAUGUGGGCAACUGAAGUGAAUAACUCCCCGCUCAACAGACGAGGUUGGGUGUUCCAAGAACGCCUAUUGGCUCCUAGGGUGAUACACUUUUGUCGCCAGGAGAUCUUCUGGGAAUGUCGUGAACGCUUCUGCUGUGAGAGCUUCCCAGAGUCUCAGCCAUCUGCAGAAUUCUUGGACCUGAGCCAGACCGUCUCUCUCAGGCAACUGCCGUCGGAGCUCUGGGAAGGUUGCGAUUGGGAUGGAGACGAGAAUUUCCCCCUCGAAGACCUGCCGUAUGAAGUGUGGGACGACAUCAUCAAAGCAUACACCAAAUGCCAGUUCACUUACCCCUCCGACAAGCUCGUGGCAAUCUCUGGAGUCGCAAAAUAUACGAAGACCAUAAUUAAAGAUACCUACCUGGCUGGUAUGUGGCAAAAGCGUCUUUCUGCUGAGUUGGCAUGGUGGAUGUACCCGGAUCGAGAACGAUACCUGUUCGGCGAGGAGCCACCAUACUACGCCCCGUCCUUUUCUUGGGCGUCGGUGAAAGGCCAGAUCAACUCUUCGGGGCCCUUUGCUAUUGGAAUUCUGCCACAGGUUCAGUGUGUUUCCAUCGACAGCGGGCCACAUUGCAACACUCCGGACCAGCCAUUCGCAAACGACGUUUUUGGCACCCCAUUGACGUCUUCCGCAUUCCAGCUAAGAGUCAGAGGAAGAGUACGGGCUCUCAAGUUGCGUAAACAAGGCGAUUGGAAAGCCAUCGUCCAUAUUUCAGCAGGCCAGGGGAUAUCACCGAGCACCGUGGAACUAGAUGCUUGGCUAGACUUUCACAUAUCUGACGCGGAUCGCCACACAUUUGAGAGAGAAGCUUUGUACCUCAUUCAUUGGAGACAUGGACCUGAAGCAGGUGACUAUGACAUGAGCGGAGCGGCGCUUCAUUGCAUGCUGGUAAGACCCGUGGAUCAGACGCGCGACCAGUUUCGGCGUAUAGGGUGGGCAAUAGCUGAUGAUCCCGAGAUGAGCUUGAUGCUCAACGAUGAGACGUGGGAAGAAGUGUCGCACCGGUCCGACGAGGGAAAGCUAACCUCCGUCAUAUAUCUCAUCUGA